UCAUAUUAAAAUGUCAGUUACGGGAAAAUAAAUGUGUCUUUUUGUCUUGUUCUUGUUUUACGUUUUUAUCAGUUUUUCUAUGUGUAAAUUAAUAGAGAAUAUUCAAUUUUGUAAGUAAAAACGUAGUGUUUAAAAGCAAGUUUAUGUGUAUUAACGUAUGUAAUGUGUUAUUUUUCUCACCAACAACGUUUAUGUUAAAGCAAGUUGGUCGCUCUCACAUCCUCUUUAACUUGUAUUUCCUGCUCUCGAGAUGCCACCUUUUCUGUACGCAAAUCCUGAAUAUAGACUUUAACGAGUAGAACAUGGAUUCAGGAACCGACUGGCUGUGUGAAAUCCUACAGAAUGUGCAGCUUGAGCAAUUUUAUUUGCCGAUUAGAGAUCAGUUACAGAUAACAAGAUUAGCACAUUUUGACUAUGUCCACACUGACGAUCUCGAAAGAAUUGGCAUCAGUAAGCCUGGCGUCCGCAGGCUAUUUGAUGCUGUCAGGAAAAAGAAACUGCAGCUAUGGAACAGAAAGUUUUGGAACAAACUGUUUGGUACAAAUUCAGUGAAGGAAAAACCUGAUGCCGUCAUAAGACCAACAACACAGACGGAACAUAGCACCACUUGUAUUAUACUGGAGAAAGACAUUGUGCUACAUAAUGAACUAGGUAAUGGAUCAUUUGGAGUAGUCAAAAGAGGAGAAUGGAAAAUAUCAGAGCAAGGACAGACUGUGCCGGUGGCAGUAAAAGUCCUCAAGGCAGAUGCAUUUGCAACACCGGGCAUUUAUGAUGACUUCCGAAGAGAAGUAGAGGCUAUGCACAGUUUAAAACAUGCAAAUUUAAUCAAACUACAUGGUGUAGUGUUCCAUCCACUGAUGAUGGUGUGUGAACUGGCCCCUAUGGGUGCUUUACUAGAUUACAUAAGGGCCCAAAAUGGAAAAGUCUCAUUAAAUUACAUAUCAAAAUGGUCAACGCAAGUGGCAGCUGGAAUGGCACAUUUAGAAAAAAAUAGAUUUUUACACAGAGAUUUGGCAUGCAGAAAUAUUUUGUUAUCAACUUUAGAUUUGGUGAAAAUAGGUGACUUUGGUCUAAUGAGAGCGCUCCCAGACACUGACGACUGCUACGUGAUGACGGAGCGUCGACGCGUGCCGUUCCCGUGGUGCGCGCCGGAGUCGCUGCGCACGCGGCAGUUUUCGCACGCCUCUGAUGUUUGGAUGUUUGCUGUCGCGUUAUGGGAGAUGUAUACUUUCGGCGAGGAGCCUUGGAUUGGCUUGAAUAGUUCUGAGAUACUUCGGCUGAUAAUGCGCGAAGGUCAGCGAUUAACGGCUCCCACCGCGUGUCCUCCUGACAUAUACAUGCUGAUGAUGCAGUGCUGGGACCUGAACCCUAAGGAGAGACCUACUUUCGCCGGUAUAUUUCGGUACUUAGAGAUGAACAAAUUUGAAACUGCGACUUCUGCUCUAGGCUAUAGGAAACAAGGACAAAUGACGGUAGAAGCGGGCGAUCCAAUAGUGUUAAUUGACAAAAGGCCAGAAUUACAUUGGUGGAAAGGACAAAACCAAAGGACGUUAGAAGUUGGACUGUUUCCCAGCAAUAUAAUAUCGACUGGAAAGGCGAAAAAUAAUCAAGCGCCGACAAAAAAAUCGCCCAUGCUAUCCUCUAAAGUCCAACCAAGUCAAAAUACAUCACCGAUAUCUCAAAACGGCAUAUCAGACGAGGCAUCAGUGAUACUGCGCAAGCGCAAGACGAUAGAGUCGACGCAGCCGGCGAGCACGCGCGCGGGCAACACAGGCAGUAAGCACUUUAACUACAAUAAGCUUGUGAACGACCGCGAGCGCGCGCUGCACCGCGCCGCCGCCCCGCCCCCGCCGCACCCGCCCCGACAACCACACACCCUUAGACAAGUAAAAGAAGAUUUAUUAAUUGAUUUGGAUUUACCGCCGGUUACCAAAUUGAAUUCUAGUACUGCAGCCAAUCAAAGCAACGUUUCAAUACUCGAUGAGCCGAUAGACGUGCCUGAAAUUGGACAAAAUGCAGAUUGGGGGCAACAAAGUACCGAAAGUCUUCCUACGUAUUCACUCAGCCCGCGCAAUUCGCAAAACGUUUCAAACAUGUAUGGUGCUAAGUCAUUAGAUAAUAUAGCUGUGUUUGGCGGCACCAGUGCCAAUAACCAAAUGUCUUUAGACCCGUUCAACACAUCACAAUACUGGCCAGAAGACAAACAAACGAGGCCCAAUUAUGACAUACAAUUAGGCGAAUCUAGUACAUCACAAUCAAACUAUAAUGAAUCUCAAGCGUACUCAGCUAGUAACUAUAAUACUGUGACUGGAUCCGAGUGGUCCUACGGUUAUAAUAAUAGCGUAGUCAAUAAUAGUAGUCAAAAUAAUUCCACGUACGCUCUACCGAACGCUACGUACGCGAACGCUAACGCGCUCUCUAUGGAAAGAAACGUACCUGACGUCUCGAAGUCGCUAGCCGAAAUGUCUCUCGAUGAUAGAAUUUCAGAAUCGUUGAAUCUCAGAACUAAAAAUACUAAUAGUGAUAAUAUAUACUCGAAUAGUGCGUAUACUGAGCAACCAUCGACAUCGAUGGCAAAUAAUAGUGUAAGCGACAGUCGAUAUAACGACAUUCCUCUCUACAAUAACUUUGAUAUAAAUCCAGCGCAACAGCAAUUCAUAUUGGAGACGAAAGAUUAUUACACAAAACUAUCGACGCCGUCGAAGACCGUCAGAGACAAUUAUGAGAAAAAUAUUUACGUUCCCAAGGGUGAGGAAGAAGGCGAAAAACUGAAGAAUUUCAGUGACUGCUUGGAGAACUCUAAGAAUUAUUCUGCGUUAAAAUACCAGAAUGUCGAUUACAGUAACUAUGCGAGUUAUUCUGGUAAUUACAAUACGAAUUUAGCGUCGACGUCGCGUGACGUGAGAUACGACGAAGUUGAGACGGCGAGUAAUUUUUACAGUGAGAUUGAGGAGCCACUGAACCCGAUAUACAGCGCGUCGCAGCGCCUGUACUCGAACUCGCUGUACGACGAGGUGUCGGAGGAGCGCGCGCCGCGCCCGCACCGCCCCGCGCCGCCGCGCCCGCACUCCACGCACGCCACGCACACCACGCACACCACACACUAGCCACGAGGCGUACUAACGGACUCACACGCAACGCCGGCAUUAUUGUGUCAACUGGCGAGAGGUAAUCACGUCUCCACAGUCACUAUAUGGGCCCUACACCACUUACCAUCAAGUUUAGUGGGUACACUUUGCCGAGGAUGAAAAAAAUGUUACCAAUACUAAUAUUCUCAUGCCUUUACUAAUGAGGCGCUGACUCAUACAUAGAAAGCAGAAACAAUGCAUUUGAUGAGAUUAAACCGAGAAUUAGUGUGGAUAAUACUGAUUUUUUACUAUAUUAGGUUAAAUACAACAGUAUGCAAUUGUAUAUUUAAUAUAACAAGGUGCGUAUUCUAUGUCCAGUAGUAAAUUAAGCUGAAAUAUAUCACGUAAGUUACACAUCACUCAUGAUAUUAGCGAUGCUUUAUUUGUAUACAAAUUGUAUAAAAAUAUUUUUGUAACUGUAUGGUGAGUUGGAAACUGAUAGUGUAAGGGCGGCCUAAUACUAUCUAAUUUUAGUGUAUUCAUGAUAUGGUAUUUGACUGGAAAAAUGUGACGUUGUUCUUUAAAUAUAGCAUGUUAAAGUGUUACUAAAAAUACCUUUAUUAAAUGGUACAUGUUCAGUCAACUACUUUUGCGGUCGAAUGUUCAUAAUAUUUGGAACAUCGAGUUAUAAUGAGACCACAAUAUGAUCAAAACUCUUUGGUUUUGGUCCUGACAUUUUGAUCGAACUUUCAUAAUAAACAAAUGAAGAGUAUACAAAUGUAAAAUGCAUAGAUUGGUUAAUUAAGUAGAAAAGUAUACAAAUUUAUUUAAAAAAAACGAGUAACAGUUUCGGAAGUACAGUCAAAUGCCCUAUUUAAUUAUAUUUAUUCAACAUUUUGUCAUUUAAUAGAGAAAAAUGCUUUAAUAAAACUGCUUCAGCACUGUAACAUAAUAUCUAUUUCAAUAGAAAUUGCAUAAAAUGUAAACAAACUGAAGUGUUGAUUUCAUUUAGCUUUAAACCCUAUUUGGAUGUCAAAUUGUUUGUGAAAUAUUGAGUAAAACAUUUGUUUAUAUUUUUUUAAUAAAUUCUAUUAAAAUACAAAGCGCCGAAAAAUAUUGUAACACAUAUAUAUAUUUUUAUUUAUUGUAACACAUUUAUAUAUAUAUAUAUAUAUAUAUAUAUAUAUGUGUGUUACAAUAUUUAUUUUUAUAUAUAUAUAUUUCCUUACAGUACUAAGACAAUAUCAAAGAAACCAUUUUAAAAAUUUAGUUAAAAAGCCAGUAGUACUGUAUAGUUCAUUCGCAAUAAGAAAACAGUGAGUAAUCACUGUUGCCGUCAGCCGACAUACGCCCAACCAAUGAGAUUGCAUACAUAUGUCUUCAACUUCUCACGGGCAACUUGACUGUUUUGAUUUUAACUAUCCUAAGUAAUAGGAGGGCGUUUGUCGGCUAACCGACAACGAUGACUCCCUAUUUUCUGAACGCGAAUGAAUUUUAGUGUGUGUGUUUUGUUUCAUAAAGAUAUUUGUGGUGAAAUUAUUUAACAACACAUUUUUGAUUAGUCUAUUAACUAUGACAGAAUGUCAUGUUAUAACCUAUUUUAAGCCAAAAGGAUAUAAACGUGGCGUCAUUAUUAAUCCUUAGUCGUUAGUUAACUAAAUCGUUGGUUGAAAGGCUAAGUGAUUUAAACGACAUUUUUUGUGACACUAAGUUUCAUAUAUAUUUAAAAUCAGAUUUUUUUAUGUUUUUUUAACUUAAUUUAAAUUUUUCGAAAAAAAUGUCGCUUAAGUCAAUUAGCCUUUCAACCCUCGAAAUCAUUUAUUUGUUCGAAUGAUUCUUUAUACAGAAUGUCAACUAAGAAAUAUAUCCAUGCCUUAUUAUUGAAAGCUGCUGUCUUCGUUUGGCUAUUAAAAUCCUGUGAUAUGACGCUGGCCGCUCCUGCUAGACUAGUAUAGAUAGAUAUUAUAAGACUGAAAGAAAUUACGUAGAGCAGUACUAGCACCUUCAGUUUGUCAACCUAUGGACGAAUCGAUUUACGUAUGAUUUCAAUAAACGAUCCCAUUCGUUGAUUUUGAUAUAAUGCCAAAAAAUAUAUAUACAAAAAGAACACACGUCGAAUUGAUUACCUCCUUUUGAAUUUGGUUAAUAAUUCGUCCAUAGGCACAGCGUCUGUUCAGUAUGUCAGACAAAAAAUAUUCGAUAUCGAUUUAUGUGAUCGUUUAUUUAAAUCUUCGGCUAGUAGAUAGCAGUCGUGGACUUUCGUGGAGAACUUGCAAACGACACUACACAAGAAUAUUUUUCUUUAUUGAUCUGUUCCUUGUGUUUAUUUUUCGAUGCGGGAAUCAAUUAAUUGAUACAUUGAUUGGCUAUUUUUUUGGCACCUUUACAUCUUUCGUAAAAGUAUUGUGCUAUGUAUUAAAAACUAUGGGUGAUUUGUUAAGGCCCAAUCCGCUAGUAACAUAAGACAAUCUCAUUAUAAAAAAAAUUAAAUGUCCAAUUCAUUAGCGGGUCAUUUAAAAAAAAUAUUUUCGACGUAAGCAUUUAAUUAUAGGUUGAUGGUUCUAGAUCUCAAGAAGUCAGCUUUUGAUCAGAUCCGAUUCAUAAAUGAGUUAAAGAAAACGAUAACAAUAAUAACGACAGUUGAAAAGCUUUUUGACUUAAGCCACAUUUUGCAACACUAAGUUUCAUACAUAUUUAAAAUCAGCAUUUUUUCCAUGUGUUUUAAGUUAGUUAAUUUUUUUUUGAAUAAAAAUGUCGCUUACCUCAAUUAGCCAUUCAACCGUUGAUAUAUAAUUAUGUUUAUGGACACCUGUAUGCUUAGAAUAUCGCAAAAAAUACGACGCGAUUCCGUGUCGUUUUAUAGGGAUUGGCUGAGAGACAAACACGUGACUAAAACAUUGGUCGCUCGUUCAGUCACAAUAUUAUAAAACAUCGAAAUUAUACUAAUGAGUCGCGUUUUUUGUGACAUCCUAAGGGGGCGGACAUGUUUAGUCACUAUUUAUUAAGUCAUCAUUUAUAUGCAUAAAAUACGUCACUUAAGAAUAAAGCAAUUGAGUAUAUAAUUGCCUGUUUAUUAUAUACAAAAGAAAGUAUUUUCUAAGCAUUUCUGAGUUAUUUUCACGUAAAUCUUUAUAACAGAGAUCAUAUGCCAUUCAAGACACAUGGUAACUGUCCCUAUUAAUGAAGGAUUUCAAUGUUUUGCUUUCAUUAAAUUCACUAAUGAAAUAUCAAUCGUAUUAAAUGUCAUAUUAUUCUUACCCUAUUUAAAUCUCAUGCGUGAAAAAGUGAAGCACUGCAUGGAAGUGCUUGAAGGAGUUUAGCUUAGAAGUUUCAAUGUAUAGCAAAAUCUUGUCUGUUUUGUGAUAACUAGUAAGAUUAAUCAUUAAUUUCGAAUUAUUUAAACCAUUACUGUGCAUGUCCCUAUAUUUUGUUAAUAUUUUUUUCUAAAUAAAAACUUUGUAACUUCUCAAAAAAUAUAACAUGAUUUUUUACGAACUUGCGUAAGAUUGCCGCAUUUUUAUUUUCUUUAGCAAUGUAAGGCUAAGUUAGUUUUAAUGCUUUGUAAUUUUUUGAACUCCCAAUUUUGCAUAUAUUGGCACCCAAAUCUAUAUGCGUCAUCGAGCUUGUGUACGAGUGCGUGUUACAAGUGUAAUUAAUUUCAUGCCAGUGCUAUAAUGUAUUAUUUUCCUCCAUCACUUAUUUAGCGUCGUUUUAUGCGAUCGAAGUCUUAGAACUCUAAUCGAGUGCUACGUAGUUAAGUAAUUAGUGAACUAAUACUCUGAACAUCACACGGUGCCUCACCUAUAAGUACCUGGUAGAUUAGUUGCGCACAUUUUACUUUAUAACUCAUGUUUAGAGUAUAAUUGUAUGUAGCCAUCAUGGGCAGGGUCGUAUCAUCUCGAUAAGUAGGUAUUGAUCAAAACUCUGCAUCAGUGUCGCUUAUUACAAAUAUAAAAUAUUGUUUUGUUUUUUUAGACUGGCAAUAUUUAUAUCAAUUUUAAAAAUUUCAUUUUGAUAUCCACAUACUUUUUUUCCUUUUUUUAAAUAUACGAAUAUUUAUUUUUUGUUGGCCAGUCUUUCAAACCUUUAAAAAACAAAAGUGUAAGAUUAGUCAUACUACAUGUCUUAUUUUAUUGUAAUGAUCAUCUCGUUUUGUCCUAAGACUUUAAAUAUUACGGGAUGUGAAAAUGUCAUGGAAAUAUUGCAAACAUCAUUGUAUUUAGUGGAUUCGGGUCAGGUAUUUUGUUCCUAAUUGAUACAGGACAUUUUUACGAGAGUAAAUGCAAAUCUCAAAGGCGGGCCCAAGUUUCAGCUGUGAAUAUUGUAAUAUGUUUUAGUCUUGAUUAACAGCGGUUUGAUAACUAGUCUGGAUCCGCCAUUGAAAAAUGAUUCUGUAUGAUUGUUGUUUCUGAGCCACGAAAUCUGUUUGUUUUUAUAUAAAUAUUUUAAUGUAACACGAAAUAUAAUAGUUUUAUUAAAUUUAGCAUUGUUUAAAACGUUAUAACUUUUGUGUAAUACUGAAAAGACGACUAUGUACCACAUUUUCCAAUUACUUAAAUAAGUGUGAAAAUGUAUAAAUGUAAAGAUUCAAUGUAAAUAAAGAGCCAUGUAAAAUGAUAAUAAAAGUCUUGUUGCAGCUUAA